AUGCCCGGUGCUGAUGAAUCCGGCAACGAACCAGCGACAGUUGGAAUACCAUCCCAGGCACCAGCACUCGGCGACUUGCUCGGUAUCCAUCACAGAUUCAAUGACGCCAACGAGUUCGCAACUUGCGUGCAGGCGUGGUCACGUGCCCAAGGCUUCACAGUGUCGCGGACGGGAAAGAACUUUUCGGAUAAACCCCCCACCCUGUUCACAGUGGACGAGUGGCCGGUCGACGUGCACGUGGCAUAUCGUUUUGCCCACCUCCAACUCGAGUGUCCCGACGCUAUCUGCUGUGCCUACGGCUGCGGUGCAGUGGAAACCCAAUACUAUGCAUUCCAUGCAUAUCUCCACACCCACCCUCCGAUGGCUGCGCCUCCAAGACACGACUGUCCACUGCGCUCAUCCGUCCUGCAUGUCCUUCACACCCUGCGUGCUCCUAUCAACUACCGGCCAUUGUGGGCCAAGUACCCGUACUCCCUCCACCUUACGCCGACCUCCACGACCGACCAGCGUACCUAA